UUACGGUCUUAUUCAUAAUCAUUUUUCACAUUUUAUCAAAUGCUUAUUAGAGGUUUAUAAAACGUUUGAUAAAAAUUGUUAUUCAUAAUCGUCAUUUAGCGCUAAAAUCCUCUUAUAACUGUGUGAUAAGUUAUCGAGAGCUCGGGCCUUGUUUAAAGCUCUAAUAAACCUAUUUUAACCUAACUUUUAUAAAUGUCAUUUCAUAUGAAUGUCACUUCGUUGGUUUAUUUAUUCAAAAUAUCCUUGCUGUGAUCCUUGCUUGUGAAAAUGAAUGCUAUAAAUGCAAUUGUGCAUUUAGCCAAUAAUGCCGACCCAGCGCGACGUAGAAAGCUCUACCGCCAACGAAGCAACCCAUUCGAUUUGCGGGACCUAAAUUUUAAAAUAAAAUAUAGGUUCAAUAAGGACACAGUGCGCACCAUCAUAGAUUUGGUGGAAGAUGAUCUGGUUCAGAGCGCUAGAGGUGGUGGCACGUGUCCUGAACUGCAAGUUUUAGUGGCCAUAAGAUGUUGGGGACGUCGUGAGGUACAAGAUGAUGCUGGUGACCUCCAUGGCCUAAGUCAGCCGACAGUGAGCCGGAUAUGCGCCAGAGUCGCGCAUGCAAUCGCGAAUAAGGCAAAUUCCUUCAUCAAAAUGCCUAUCACUAUAGGAGAGCAGGAAAGAAUUAGUGCCAAAUUUAGAGCAAUUAAAAAUUUUCCUGGGGUGAUAGGAGCCAUAGAUUGCACCCACAUUAAAAUUAAAAAAACCGGAGGUGACAUGGCCCAGUACUAUAUUAAUAGAAAAGGCUAUUAUUCCCUGAAUGUUCAGGUUGUCUGUGAUGCUGACCUCAAAAUAAUGGAUAUAGUGGCUAGAUGGCGAGGCAGUACACAUGACAGUCGAAUUUUUAUGGAGAGCAAUAUAAAACAACGAUUUGAGGAUAGGCAGUUUAGAGGACGCCUUAUUGGCGAUUCGGGCUACCCUCUUCUGCCAUAUCUAUUUACACCUAUUUUAAGGCCUAGUCGUCCAGAAGAAGAAGCAUACAAUAAUGCUCACAUCUCAACUAGGAACACUGUUGAAAGGUGUUUUGGGGUGUGGAAGCAGCGGUUCCAAUGCCUACUCCAUGGCUUACCAGUAAGCCUCCAAAAUGGAAAAGCUGUGAUCAUAGCAUUGGCUGUAUUACAUAAUAUAGCCAUUGAUAUGAAUGACACAUUGUUAGAACAACAUAUGGAGCAGGUCCCUGUAACUCCGCAACUUUCGACGGAGAACAGUGUUCACGACAACCGACCUUCAUUGUUGAGGCGUAGGUCGCAGUUGAUACUACAAAAUUUUAUAAAUCAACAUUUUUGAAUGAUACUGUUCCUGGCAUCUUAAUGAAAAUAAAAAG